CCAUAAAAUUGUAGCUGGAUUGAUUGUGAUAACGCCUUGGGAAAAUGGCAGCCGAAAAUUUAACAAUAGCUGCUCCAAUGACUUUAGCCACACAGUAUCUUGAACUUUUGCCUGAAAACCCCCUGAAAGAGCCAUUCAGAGAUGCAUGGGAAGGCAUGUUACAGAACUAUUCCAAAUUCCAGAUAGCGACAUGGGGAUCACUGCUGGUUCAUGAGAUUGUAUAUUUUGGAGUUUGUCUGCCAGCAUUUCUGUUCCAGUUCAUUCCGUUCAUGCAGAGAUUCAAGAUACAAGAUGACAAACCUGAAGAAUUCAGUAAGCAAUGGAAAUGUUUCAAGUUGAUCCUUUUUAAUCAUUUUUUCAUACAGUUGCCUCUGAUCUGUGGGACGUACGUGUUCACGGAGAUGUUCAGUAUACCCUAUGACUGGCAGCACAUGCCCACCUGGUAUAACCUUGCCCUUCGCGUACUUGGCUGUGCCAUCAUUGAGGACACGUGGCACUACUUCCUCCACCAGGCACUUCAUCACAAGAGGAUUUACAAACACAUCCAUAAAGUCCAUCACUUUUAUCAGGCACCCUUUGGUAUGACAGCAGAGUACGCUCACCCAGCUGAAACCUUGAUCCUGGGGAUGGGGUUCUUCUGGGGAAUCCUCCUGCUGUGUAACCACUUCAUCCUGAUGUGGGUGUGGGUGAGCAUCCGUCUCAUCGAGACUAUCGAUGUCCACAGUGGCUAUGAUGUGCCCUACCUUAACAUCUUCCACCUGAUCCCCUUCUACGGAGGCUCUCGUUUCCAUGACUUCCACCACCGUAACUUCAUCGGGAACUACUCUUCCACAUUUACCUGGUGGGAUAAGAUCUUUGGCACAGACCAGCAGUACAAGGAGUUCCUCCUGAAGGAAACUGAAGCCAAGAAGACACAGUAACAGUCUCCUCAGUGAGCUUUGUACUAUUUCGUGUUUAUACCUGUUGUGCAGCAGACAGUCUGAGAGGGGAACACUUCGAAAUACGGCGAUAUGCAGUAGUCAAAACUCUGGCACUUGAAUGAGGUCUUAUGGGCUUUCUAGUCUUCACAAAUGAAUGUUGACAACUUAGAAGUAAGAAGUCAUUUGAAUGAAGCUAAACCAAUCUGAACCCGUACACAAAGACUGUCUGGUAAAUGCCAGGUAACGCCAGAUAGUCUUAGAGUCUAAGAAGGCUGUGGAAGUAGAUUCCCUCUUGGCAGUUAUUAGUUAUAAUUAAUGAUGAAGUGAAGUGAGAAUGGCGUGUUUGAGGGGCAGGAUCAGGGGAGAGAACUCUUAAUUGAGUGGCAUGUUUGUACAAAGAUUUGUAUGGUGUACCUGUUGUAUUGUGUGUGGAAAAAUAAUGGUUAAAUUCCUCAUCUAUCUGACAUUACCACAGUAGGUGACAUUAUGUUGUGAUUAGGAUCCUCCACAUAUAUGUAUAUCUGUUACCUAACCUAAGAUUUGUAGUGGCAGAUUUCUAGUCAUUAAAAUUUUAAACCCUGCAGAUGAAACAUUCUGUUUUAUUAAAGACUAAAGCUUUUAUCAAGCAUCUCUUAAAAAGUGAAGGUGAUUGAAGUGGAAUUUAAGAUUAAAAUACAUAUGUUCAAGGCCAUACAUGUUUAUUAAUGUUUUCUUGACUUCCACUAUUAAAGGAAAUAAUGCAUAUAUCUAGAUAAAUCCUCCCAAAUAUGAUUUGAGUCCAUCAUUUUUUGCUCACUAGUUUAUGUUGAUUUUGUAUGUGAAUGGGUGUGUACAUAAUAGACAUGAACAUAAUGCCUGAUGUAUUUAUGACUGGAUGAUUAAUUGUUUUGUUUCUUUUUUUUUUUUUUUUUUACACCUGCUACAAGUAAAUUAAGAAACUACAUGUGUAAUGUGCAUGCAAAUGUUUGUAAAGUUUGAGAAUAUGAAUCGCAGUUAUUUUACAUGUUGGACCAUGUAUGUGUUUUCAGUUUCAAUGUUUUUGUAAUUUAUAUCUGGGACUAUCAUACAUACAUGUACAUUGUACAUAUACAGUCUCAAUUAAUACUGAAAUGAUUAAUAUUAUUCCAAAAUGGUCUGUAGUUAACAGAUGUUUUGUGUGACCAAAGAUUUGCUUCUGUAAUGGUUGAAUGAAAAGAGUAAAUGACCAUGUACUUUUAUGUAGGUUUAUGCUUUUAGAAGAUGGAAAAUACCAGGUACAUGUAUGAUUUCUAGUGUACAUGUGAUGUCACAGCCAGCUAUAGACAUUAUCAUGUACUUGUUGAUGGGACAAAUUUCCUGGACAACAAAAUGCAGAAAAUACAUCUAUGGGUAAGAAGUUACUCUGUAAAUUGUAUCAUAAUUUAAUGUGAUAUGGACCUACGUGUAUGUACAAACAGCAAUGUUGUGAGGUCUUUUCCAGAUGUAAAAAAACGUUGACUGUCUCGUAAUUAA